AGCUCUAUAGUGGCGCCCUCUGGCAUUUGAUGUAUUUCGAUUUUUGAGCAAAAUGUAAAAAAAUGUAGGAAAAAAUCCGCCUAAUACCAAUAAAUGCUGUAAACUGAUGCCCUGAAACACAACUAUGUGAUAAGAUAAACCCUCUGAAAAAUCAAUCAAGUAGGCCCAUCAAAAAUGUCAAAUCGCCCCCUACGCAACGUGGACCACUCACUCAAUCAUUUCUGCGAUAGAUUCUGCUAUUAUUUGAUCGGACUCCUGUCAAUUCUCGUCUUUUUGAAAGGUUUUUUCCCAAUCCCGCCUCGGCCUUCAUAUGAUUAUCCUCCAAACAACGUCACCAUCCAUAACCCCCCGCAGCACAAAGCCGUGUUUAUAGUAAUUGAUGCUCUACGUCUCGACUUCGUCUCAGACGCCACCACCCCUUUUUUAUCACGAACAUUCAAAAACAGUGGUUGUUUCAUCCACCUUAAAGUCGAAACACCUACAGUUACUCUUCCGAGGAUCAAAGCACUGACCACAGGAUACGUGCCCCAGUUUAUCGAUAUUAUAUUGAAUUUGGCGGUCCCGACCAAGGUUGAAGACAGCUUCAUCCACCGGGCACACGCUAACGGGAAAAGGAUAGUGUUUUACGGAGAUGAUAUAUGGGUGAAGUUGUUUCCUGAGGAGUUUGUACGGAGCGAGGGCACGUCGUCAUUUUUCGUCAACGACUAUACGGAAGUGGACGAUAACGUGACCCGGAAUGUUCGCCUGGAAAAUGAAAGAAACGACUGGGAUAUUAUGAUUUUACAUUAUUUGGGGUUAGACCACAUUGGACAUGUGUACGGGCCAAAAUCGCCUCUAAUAUUGACGAAACUGAGGGAAAUGGAUUAUAUAAUUGAGGAAAUUUAUGGUAAGAAUAACAACACGUUGAUUGUAGUGACGGGUGAUCAUGGGAUGAGAGACGGCGGGGGGCACGGGGGGUCCACCUACCCUGAAACCAACGUACCGUUGGUGGUUCUAGGAAUGCCGUGCAAGAACGAUACAUUUGCUCAAAUUGACGUAGCUGCGAAUUUAGCGCUUUUGCUAGGGUUCGACAUUCCCCCUACGAGUAUAGGGCAGCUCCACGACACUCUCCUCACGCAGUUAUCACGGGAUCAGUAUUUACGUGCCGUCAAGUAUAACACGGACUUGCUGAGAAAAAAACAAGACCCUUGUAAAGACACUCAAAUGGCCGAUCAACUCUUUGAUUUGUAUAUGACAAACAAUGAUGCUGUCUCAGGUGAAAAUGCCACAAAAAUCUACAAGAGUUGUUCAAAAAUGGUUAGCGAAAAGCUCCAACAUGAUUCCACACAACAAGAUAUUUUUUGCCUCCUUUUGUCAGUCUUUACUGGAGCUUUUGUUAUAGUUCGCCUGAUUAAAAGUUACACAGGUUUUUUGAGUGUUGAUCUUCUGAUGGAAUGUACUUUUGUAAUUUUCUUACUGUGGCCAUUGUUAACUUGGAAACCUGAAACCAACGACAUAGCAUUUUAUUGUGCUUGUGUUUACAUAACAAUGUACUUGUGCGCUCUUCAGAGAAAGGAUUUUAGUGUAAUUGAAUGGUCGUUCUGGUCGUGGGUGUGCGUUAUACACCCGUUUAUUUUUUUAUCGUCGAGUUUUUUGGAAGAGGAGCACCAGUUCUGGUACUUCGCCACCAACACGUUCCUUUUGUAUAAUAUUGUAACGAAUAGAGAGAAACUAAAGUGGGGGUUACUUUUCGUAGUGCUACGAUUUGUACGAACGAUGAAUCAAGUGGGGGAUCAGUGGGCAGGGGCUCCAGACUUAUCCGAUUGGCUACUACAGGAAGAGAAUCGGCCUUUUUUAGUCGCGAUAUUUGGGCUAGGGUUAGCCCUCACCUUCUACGUUAAUUUCGUGUUUAGAAAAGACAUCACAGUAUUCGUUUUGGAUCUCCCAAUUUUAGUAGGAAUUUUCGUCUACAGGAUACCGUCGAACGAAAACCACUUAUGCGGGAAAGUGCUGUGGUCCUUAAUCUUUGUAAAACUUGCCGUCAUACUUAUACGAAAACACGACUUCUUACCAGUGUGGACCCUCACCAUCUCCCUCCUGCUAAAACCCUACAACGUGGUCCUCAUCCCCGCGUGCGCAUUCGCAAGCGUACUUUUCCAACAAACCCUGCCCAAGCAGCCUACGAUCUUGGCCCACAUGGCCCUCGGCAACUUACUCUUCUUCGCCCAAGGCCACGACAACAGCCUCUCAAGCGUCGAUAUCUCCUCCGGUUACGUGGGUCUUACCCACUACAACCCUUUCUUCGUCUUCCCGCAAGUGCUUUCCCACACCUACGCCCUCCCGAUUCUCUCCCACUUGCUCCUCUUCGUCAAUACAGACAUCCGCCCUCGAAUGACUUUUCCCACCUUCUUUGGCUUUCGUUUGUAUAUCGCCCUUCUAGUCUUCCUCGUUACGUACCUGCACAGACACCAUUUGUUUAUCUGGUCGGUGUUCGCGCCAAAAAUGUUCGUAGAAGCCAGUCAUUACGCGAUGUUGUUUAUUGAAGUUUUUUUUUAUUAUGUACGAGAUGAAAUAAAUAAGCUUUAUAAGUGAAA